AACAUCACUGCUGUAGCUAUUGAGCAACUUCAGUGCAGGCACAACCAGAGCACAAUUUAUAGACUGUUCCAGUUUGUUUGUUUAAGUGUCCCAACAUGUCCAUGAGUACAGAGAAUCUCAUCGAGGAACCAGAUCCUGAUUUCGGUGAUUACUGCAAUACUGGAGAAGUGCGAUAUUCGGUUUUGAAUAACCAACAAAAUAAUGGAAAGCGACCGUUUUGUCAAGAGCCCUUCAAGGUGGCAACCGCAUGCCUGACUGCCUUCUGUCUCCUCUUGCUCGUGAUUCUGGUGGCUACAAAUAUUCACAAGAGUUCUUCUGUUCAGGAUCUCCCCUCCAGUUCUGCUGAAGCUCAAAUGCUUAAAACCUGCGCCAGCGUGACCAAUCUGACAGCAGAACUGCAGACUUUGAGAAAAGUGAAGAGUGACCUUGAGGAAGAGAGGUCACAGCUGAAGAUCAAAAUCACUGCGCUAGAAGCAGCGGCUGCCACAAAAUGCACUCCAGUGACAGCAAAAGGUUCCUGCCCAGAUAACUGGCAUUAUUUCCAAGGCAGCUGUUACUUCAUCUCAGAAGAGAGCGAAAGCUGGCCACAGAGUCAAGCUUACUGCAAACUGAGAGGAGGACACCUGGCUAUCGUCCUUACAGCGGAUGAACAGACUUUUAUAUGGGACCUGCUGCCACGUGGUCACUGGAACGCCUACUGGAUUGGCAUAACUGAUGAAGAGACAGAAGGUGACUGGCGCUGGGUGGAUGGAACCAAACUGGUUGGAGGUUUCUGGGAACCCGGCGAGCCGAACAAUGACAAUAAUGAGGACUGUGGCUACAUGGUAAAAACUAUGGUUUUAGAUCGCGUAGCUACAAAGAGCUGGUACGACGCCCCAUGUCAGAUGUCCAGACCCCGGAUCUGUGAGAAGGCGGCAGAUGUGAGAAAAGAGAAGAGUGACCUUGAGGAAGAGAUCUCACAGUUGAAGAACAAAAUCGCUGCGUUAGAAGCAUCAGCUGCUACACAAUGCACUCCAGUGCAAGUACCAUCACAACGCACUCCAGUGACAGCAAAAGCUUCCUGUCCAGAUAACUGGCAUUAUUUCGAAGGCAGCUGUUACUUCAUCUCCGACCUUAAGGAAAGCUGGCCAGUGAGUCAAGCUUACUGCAAACAGAAAGGAGGACACCUGGCUAUCGUCCUUACAGCUGAUGAACAGACUUUUAUAUGGAACCUGCUGCCACGUGGUCACUGGAACGCCUACUGGAUUGGCAUAACUGAUGAAGAGACAGAAGGUGACUGGCGCUGGGUGGAUGGAACCAAACUGGUUGGAGGUUUCUGGCGAGAUGGCGAGCCGAACAAUGACAUUAACGAGGACUGUGGCAACAUGGUCAAAACUACUCUUAUGGAUCUAUUGGCUACAAAGAGCUGGUAUGACGCCCCAUGUCAGAUGUCCAGGCCCUGGAUCUGUGAGAAGGCGGCAUAUGUGUCCUCUUAAUCAUCUCAUAUCAUCAUCUUCAUCUCCAACAGAACUUCAAAAAUGUUUAGUUUCAAGGUGUUUUUGAUAAGAAAUGUUGCAGAAUGAAGGAUUGCUGAUAUGAGUUAUGAUUGUACUUUGAAUGCAUGAUCUCAGGAUUUAAACGAUUUUAAUCCAUUUUAAACCAUUUACUGUUUUAGGGUCACUUAAUUAACCUUCUAAGACCUGGUGUGUCCACAUACGUGGAUAUCACAUUUUUUGUUAAAAAUGAAAAAAAAAUGUUCACAAAAAUUGUGAUUUUACUAAAUAGGUAAAGUUUGUCUUUA